CACAUCCGCUAACAUGAAGGGGAGGACGUACGUACUUACGUACGGACGAUUUUGUCAGAACCGGAAUUUCUUGGAUGUAUAGGCAACGAAAAUUUUCUUACUUAUGGAGCUCCGCUAAUAAAAUCGGAACAUUAUCGUCAUCGUCGGUCGACCAAUGAACAGUCGACUGUAACUCGUCUCCAACUGGCUCGGUCUUGGGUAGUGCGCACAAUGUUAUCCUCUGAGAAGUGCGUGUCGGGGUCGAUCCGUUCCUUGGGGGUCUUCGCUCGUGGGAGGGCGAAGAACUUGAGCUGUCGUGAGAUGAUUGUCGAUAGCAGAGGGCUAUUGCUAGUGAGAUCGUAUAACAGUAUAUGAAGAGCAAAAUAGCUGAAACUGAGUGGAAUGUAAUUAUGUUCUGUGGCAGGCUUGGUUCUGUUAAAACUACUAGCUCCAAGUUUGACCUAAGAGUGCGGAUAAGAGAGAGGCUUCUACAUAUCCUACGCAAUUAUUCUGUCUACGACAAGGUAGAUAAAUAAAUAAAUAAAAUAAAUUUUUAGACUUUAUAGAGGUAGCACAAUUACUAGUGCACAAACAAGGACAGAAACGAAUGAAUACUGUAAAUCCUCUAUUAAGCCCCCCUCUCUAAUAAGUCCUCCCUUUUCAGGGGAAGAAAGGUAAUAACCCCCCUCACUUUUAAGCCCCCCUCCAUUCCCUAUUAUUAUUAUUGUUAUUAUUAUUAUUAUUAUUAUUAUUAUUAUUAUUAUUAUUAUUCACUAAUAAAUUAUACACUGUAUUAAUCAGUCACGACUGUAAAACUUCGCGUGCACUGAGGAUGGUUUAUUCAGCAGCUGGAAGUUUUAAUUUGCUUUUGAUCCUCGGCUGCCUGACCUCCAACUUUGGGUACCUGAGCUUUUCCACUUUGCAUUCUAGUUCUUUCUGGUGCGCUGAUACCACUUCAAAGAGCUAUUAUACGAACCUCCCAACCUCGAAAUAUGUUCCCCCCCUCCCCUCUACAUUUCUUAAAAAUGUGGACCUUUCUCCAUAAAGAGAAGAAACUGUUGUCGUUGGUUUGGUUUGUUUUAGAACAUAGUAGAAACCAGGAAUAUUGCCAAAAUACACUGAUGUCGACAUCGGUAAACCGCGAUAUUUCAUCCCAAGACAGUAACAUCAACAGUACUUAAAAAAGAUAUCGCGAUACAGUAAACACCCGCAUAUAAGAACACAGGAUUUCGGAGGUCAGGCUGAUUGAGUUCUUAUUUAUCGGGUGCUUAAUGACAAAUCAGCCUCAAAAUGUUAUUAAAAUGUUCUUAAAUGUUUAUUUAGUAAUACUAUCCAAAACAUGUUGCUAGAGGUAUAUUUAGCAUAUUUUAGGAAAAUAAAAUAAAUAAUUAUGCUGUAAUUUGAUUAUAUUAACAAAUGAAGUUAUCUGACAGCAAACAUAAGUUACAUGUUUUGUAAUUAUGGCACUUUUUCCAUUUUAUAAGAACAUGUUACAAUUUUGAGCCUGAUCUUAGCUUGGUCUUAUAAAAAUGGGGCUUUAUUAGCCAAAUUUCAGCCUGGUGUUCUUUAUCCAUGUGUUCUUGUAUGCGGGUGUUUACUGUAUUACGAUGCAAAAAUAUUUACGACAUCGACACGUUUCGUGAAAGUCAGUGUCUUCAAUAUCCCUUACCCACAAUCGCCCUACAAUGGCUAAAACAGUGCUUGAUGAAAGCAAAUGAAAACCAAACAAGUAUACCACCAAACUUACAGUUCCUGAAUUGAGGGCAAAAACUUUAAAAAAGGCAGUUAAACCAAAUUGCUGAUAGAGUCAUUACUGCCAAAUUCAUUGAGGGUAAAAGGUAGAGUAACCAUAUUUUAUGUCGAUCCUCGUGACAGUGAUAACUGAUAAAAUUGAGGUCGACGGUGCGCUCAUUUUACCCCCACCCCCUCUCUCCAUCAAAGCUCCGUUUUUAAGGGUCUUUAAAGCUAGACAAAGCUACACAGAAAGGAGAGAAGUUGAAACAAGGAAGUGAUGUCACAGGGGAUCGAACUCGAGACCUCGCGCACCGACGGCCGCACACUAACCAACUGUGCCACCCUUGCUCCUAUCGUUGCAUCGCGCUGCGCGUUUCGCAAACUUCGAAGAAAUUUUGCGUCUUUCUGUUUCGUCAAUCAUUUGAGUGGGGGCGUGUUUAAUGCGAAUCACAUUGCAAAGCCCUCGUCCAGCUUGGCCCGCAAAAACUAAACUGAGAAUGACUCUAGACUGCUCAAGUAUAGCGAAGGAAAUCACGAUGGUGAAUGGAAUUUUUGGCGAGGAAAGGAGGCUGGCAUUGCCUUAUUCUUUCAAGUGACAAGAAUAAGGAAGAUCAGAAAAACCUCGAAGCAAACUAGUCGACUAGUGCCCGAAACGGGACGAUCAUCGACAACGAACCUUGAAACAUAGAAACAAACAAAACGGAUCGAAAUUCACCAAUCACAAAUCACAAACUAUGACUUUUUGAACUCGUUCUAGUAAACAUGUGUUAUCUAAAAGGUCCGCUAAGAUUGUAAAUAACUUCGAGUCGUAUACUGUAAUUGAAAUUGCUUUAAUUUUCUUUGUGCCUAUUUACAGUACAACCUAACCCAGAUGUCGAUGUUGAAGAAUGUUCCUUGAGUCGAAAAAAUGCACAGAUUAUGUGAAUAUACAUUAAUUAGUUUCAAAUGUCAAUCGAUUAGAUCAAAGGUCCACUGUACAAACAAAACAUUACAUAACGAGUCGCUAAAAAACGUGACAGUUCAAUUGGGUCCGCGUGUAACGUGCGCGAAGAAUAAUAGGGAACUUAAGCAAAGACGUUUUUGAGCGACGCACGUCGACCGGAGGUGAGGUCUUCUCUCUUCUCAUAUGCCUUGACGCUAACAAAUUUGUAUUGCUAAGUUUCUCUUCUCUUAUAAAGACGAUUUACCCAAGAUUUUCAACAGAACCACUGCCCAAUGAUGCAAAAAGUCCACUUCCGGUUGACGUCCGUCGCUCAAAAACGCUGUUGCUUAAGCUCCCUAAUGACAAAGAUGAUCGACGGAACGGAAAAAGCCAAAAUUUCUUCGAGGUUUGUAACAUGCGCUUCGCGAUACAACGAAUUUAGCAGUGAACUAAUAUGUGUUUUGUUUCUAACAACUUUCAGACCUUAGCCUCUCAUACAGGCUCAGCACUUCAAGCUCUGACCAAGAAACCUGAGGAGGUACUUUUUGUUAUUGUGUAAUUAACGGAAGCAAAAAACGUAACUGUUGGCUGAGUUUGUGACUUUACAGGUCGCAUAUUAUUGAAUAGCCUGCACCACAGACAAAACUAAACUACUGUUUAACUCUGUCUGCGGGGCAACGUGGAAAUCCUUGUUCUUGACUCCCCAGCUGUGUGACAGGUUUGAAAAAAGGAUUCAUGAUUGGCCUGCUGAAAAAGCAUUUGUUCGAUUGAUCAAGUAGGUUGAAGGGAAAUCCAAAACCCACUUCCGGUAAUUCGUUAGGGGGUUCCAAAAAAAAGGUGCUUGGCGCUGCUUCGCAGACGUUACUAGCUGGGGUCACAUUACUUUGCAAGUGAGGCUAAUUUUUGAAAAGUGCGGUAAGUUUGAUAGCGAGUGAUUAGCAAGACUAAAUUAAUUCAUUUGCCGUGACUUAAUCCUUAUUGCACGCUCCCGCUUCCCAUUUACUUGUAGCUUUCUGCAGUCAGCGUUGAAAAUGCAUCGGAGAUACUACAGAAUCUAGGCAAAUUUAUGCGGUCCAGACUUAAAAUGAUGGAUCCGAAAGAUGCAGAGGCUAGAACUCUCGUCAGCCAAGAACUUGUCCACAGAGUCGUAAGCGUCACAUCAAGUCUGAUAGAAGCAUCUUCAAGGCGUUUGAACAGGUAUGCGUCAGUUAUUUCUUUUGGAAGAAGGCGUGACAAAUGCAACGUGGUUAACGUAAAUUUAGGCAGGGUUAAAAUCGAUACAUCUGAGCUUGGUCAGCAGUGCUUUUCCUGUUAAGGGCAGGCGUUUUGCGAGGUGGCCUGUCUUGGCUGAAGGGCUGCUAUUCACGCUAUUGCACUCGCUCAUUGGUAUGCUUGCUGAUCUUUGCGAAUCACAAUUUGCUUUGGGAGUUUUUUAUCAUUUCUUGAUAAGUUAAAUUGUCUAGUACUACACUCUGGGGCUAAUGAAAUGGCAUGUCCGGUGGGUGUUUUAAUGGUAUGUCUCCUAAAAUGCACGUAAAAUUUGGUAGUGUUCUCAAGAAAAUGAAUAUAGUUGAUCCUCUAUGUGCGACCGCCUUUUCCAAGCUACCAAAACCUCCCACUCAAACUGACGACUGUAUUUUGAACCCUUGUAAUUUAACAGAUUUUGGGAUAGCACUUUAGAGCUCUAGGUUAGUAAACUAAUUAUCGAGAAUGACAAAUCGUUGAAUGUCAAAAGUUGUUUGAAAACUGUUGAUUUUUUUAAUACAGUAAUUGAAUAUCGUUUGAUGGCAUUUCCACUAUCUUGAGUGUCCUGUGUGCGUACAGGAAUGCCACUGUGUAGCGACAUUCAAUUAUUCAAAACUCAACUUUUUUUUACAUAUUUUGACAUUCACCCCGGACGAUUUUUCAUUUUGAUUGGUGAUGAUGGAUACAUCGUAACGUCCAAUAACGUGUCUCUUAAUUUUUCUUGUUAAAUGCAUUAUCAAGCAUCUGACUUUCCGACCUCUCGAACAAAAAACGCAUUGAAAUUAUUUUAAAUAUCCAACGGACCGCCUUUUAACCCUUUAAGUCCCAACAGUGACUAACGUCAAUUUUCUCCUAACGAUAUCCAUACAAUGUCAAGAGAUUAGGUUAUGAGAAUUAAUAAAAUGAUGACCUAGUGGAAAAUGCCUUGAUCUUUUAUCAAAUUCUCUCAACUUAUUCUUGAAGGAAAUGUAUAGAGAUCAGUUUAGAGAAUUUGUAUGUGGAUAUUGGGGCUAAUAAAGGGUUAAAAUUUUGAUCUCUGUUUGAUUCGUACCCUUUUAUCCCCAUAGCAACACUAUGAUUAGGAAAGAAGAUGAGAGCGAUGUUCUGCUCAAAGUAACUGAAGCUGCAGAGGAACUUAUAAAGGUUAUCAAUUGUUUCAUUUCAUACAUUUUAUGUUGUUUAAGGUAAUGUACCCAAUACAGCAUCCCAAGGACAUUGUUAACUAUCUUAAUUUGAAUGGCAACAAUAUACGAUUUCAUCUACAGACGAGUGGCAACUGACUUACAGAGUCUGUUCAAAAUCCAGAGCGGGCAAAUUAGCUCAUCUUUCCAGCUCAGGUAGCCAAUGAAAACUCAGGAUUUGAUUCAUUUUUCCUGCUCAUGGAGCUUGCUUUACAAUAACGCAUAAUAGUCAUUACAAAGAAGUACGGCUCAGUAGCUUUCAUUUGAAUGGUUACACUUUAGGAUUUCAUCCACAGACUCGAAAGUUAGAACCACCUUGUAUGGCAAAAUAAACAGUUCUACGGGAAAGUACAGCACAGUAGCUUUCAUUUGAAUGGUCACACUUAAGGAUUUCAUCCACAGACGCAAAAGUUAGAACCAUUUGUAUAGCAAAUAACGUGAAUAAGAGUGUGGCGACUCAACCCGGCCUUCAAGCUUCGGUUCUUUUCAUGUUUAUCCUUUUAUUUGCAAUCUAGCCUGUUACUUACAGACCUUCUACACACGGUAGUACACUAUACUUGAACCGUUACUCGCUGUUUUUACCUACAUAACGUGCAUUAUUUUUUUUUCUUUUAACAGGCUAGGUUAUCCACGCAAGUAUGGGGCGAGAAGGAACUUCGGGUCGAAUCGCGUAACAUAAGAGUUAUAGCAAUACAAGAAAGCUCCGUUUCAAACGCCUUUUUUCAUCUUGGUGAUGUCAGUUUUCACAUGCCAACGGAUCUUGAGGAGCAACUACAGGUUACGUCUUCUGACAGGGAAAGGAAAUGUUUUGGAGCUGUGGUGACAGUCUACGACGAAAAUCCUUUCUUCAGUGAAAUGGUAUGGAGAUAACACGCCGUGUCUAUGAAUUCUAUUCUGCGGCAAUACGGAGUUCUUUGCUUCUGUUUACGACGCGAAAAUUUGUUAUGCGGCUAAGAAUGAGUCAAUUUUGUGAAAUGUUUAGGCGACUUUCACACCGCACGAUUUCGAGUCCUGAAUUUUACUCACCAUUUGCCCAAACCGUGAACCGACCGGUUUGCCCAUGUAAAUAGGGAGCUUAAGCCGAAAAUCGACGGCGACGGCCACGAAAACGUCACUUAAAACUGAAGUGAACUCGCAGUACUUCAAACUUCAUCGCGCGUUUUCCAUCUUGUUUUCUUCGUCAAAUGUUGGCAAAUGUUUUUGGAAUUGAAUUGUAAAGGAGUGUAUCAAAGUUAAGGAAAAGAAAAGAAAGUUGUUGUCGUAUGUUUCCGUCCUCGACAAAACGUGAAUUUACCGUAUUCAUUCGAAUAACCGCCCUGGGCGCUUAUUAAAUUUUUGGACCUUGAGAGUGGGCGUUUAUUCAAGGUGAGCGCUUAUUCGAGGCUGAGCGCUUGUUAAAUUUUCACCAUUUUCGGCAAGUGUAGUAUGUUUAUUUUGCAACAAAACAAUAAAUGCUAAUAACAAAACGCGAAGAAGUAACAAAGCAAGGUUUCUGUAAAACACUCUGAAGAAAAUUCCGUCCUCGGGGAAGUCUGAUUAAAAUUUAUUCACUCAAGUGGGUGGGGUGGGUAGCGCUUAUUUGAGUUUGAUUGGGAGGAAGAGGGGGUGGGCGCUUAUUAACUUUUUCGGUCGUUAGGGUGGGCGCUUAUUCGGGGUGGGCGCUAAUUCGAGGUUGGGCGCUUAUUGGAAUAAAUACGGUAUAGGCAGUUUCACGUUGUUGUCAUGCAACGACGGCAAAGAAAUGUACAAAAAAGCGUGAUGCACGUGCAAAGUUGUUGUUUUGCAAAUCAAACCUAGUGCUUUUUUGCCGUUCUCGUUGCUGUCGCCGGCGUAGUUGCUUAAGCUCCCUCAUGGUAAAUAACCUGUUGUGUGGGACUGUGACACCGUUCCCUCUUGAUAUGGAUUCCAUUGUUGUGGUCUCUUUUUAUGCCGCAACAUUUGGAUCUGAUCCAGAUCCAAAUGCUACCCAAACUUGCUUACAUAUUUCUUUUUCUCUUAGCACCACACUAAAGUUGCCAGUCUCAGCAUCGACCGUUGCAAUGGAGAAGAGAUCCAGGUUAAAAACUUGAGCAGUUUUAUCGAUAUUUCCAUUCCUUAUGAGAAGCAAAAACUUGAGCAGUCUGCAGAGAUUCACACCCUAAGGUGGGAACACCAAAAUACACACAUCAUCAAUCAAACAGAGAGGAUGACCAAUCAAAGUCUGCAAAUUCAUCUGAAGCCGAUUACUGUCCUUCCUGUUGGAUUUGUCAUCAAACUUACCGCCAGGUACGUUAGCUUGAGUGAUGGGUCAUAUGUUCCCCAGUUUGUUUAUGUGUCAGAAAUUCUGGCAUUAGUAAAAAGACUUUCAAUUACAGAUAAUUAUUCCUUCUGAAAAAAGGGCAACGACCGUUUACGAAAGGGAAAUUCGCGUACAGUGGAACAUGUUUCUCUGCCACGUAUUUUUAUAACAAUCGACCAUGAUUUUCUAGAUGUGUUCCUGGCGUCAUCGUUUUAUCCGGUAGCCUGUCCAUUUCUCUAGAGAAAGUUUGUUUUGAGUGAUGAGUCAUGUUAGAUCAGGGUUAAUCACCGACUAGAAAUGGUUAGCAUUUACAUUGUAUUUUGGUUUAAGUUGCUCAUUGCAUGUACUCUAUGUACGAAAGCAGUUAUUGGCAGCAAAUCCGAAAGAUUCGAACUUUCUUUACUUGACUCAUGACUGAUUUGCAUAUGCUUUAUUUACACUAAAUUCUCGUUUCUCUUUAUCAAGAGGCGGUCUAUCGGUAUUUACAGCUACGGCUAUGACUAAUGUACCCGUAUCCUUACACGGAAGCGACGUAUCCUAAAUCUCUUAUAUCAGGCUAACUCUGAAUUUUGUUGUGUUUGUUGUCUUGUAGCACUGCUGAAUCAGAUUCAGGCAGUCUUAACCAAUACACCGUCACAAGUUCAGGGGAACCUGUAGAAUUGUACCUCUCUGGCCAACAGCUACAGAAUGGUAAUCUGAUUACACUGUGUAUCAAAAAAGAGAGCUUAAGCAACGACGACGGCGACGGCUACAAGAACGGCAAAAAAACAAUCGCUUUAGAUCAGUAAAACAACAACUUUGCAAGCGCGUCACGCUUUUUUGUACAUUUCUUUGCCGUCGUUGCACGACUGCGACGUGAAACUUCCUAAUUUCACGUUUUGUGGAGGACUUGGACACAAGAUAACGGGUUUCUUUGUCUUUUCUUCGCCCUUCCUGAACGGUACAGUCUCUUAGAAUUCACUGAACUCCUAAACAAUUCGCCAACAUUUGACGAAUUGAACGAGAUGGAACUAAGCGCGAUCAAGUUUGAAGCAGCAGGAAUUCAGUUUUCAAAUGAUGUUUUCGUAGCCGUCCCCGUAUUUGUUGCUCAAGCUCCCUAAAGAUCCCUUUUAGCUCUAAAAUGGGGCCGUUUCGAUGAGUAAAAUACAAUCCUAUUUUUAUUUCAAUUAACGAGGAGUGAUAAAGACCCACAGGCUUCAAAUGGCUUCAGGAGAGGCUGAAUCAGACUCUGUCCUGCAGGGCUAAAUUGGCAGUUUCAGGCGGAAGCGAAGCUUUUUUAAUAUGUAGUGUAACAUAUAGAUACAUUGGUUUUGUUUAGAUAAACAUGCCGUCGCAAAGAAAACAGUUUUAAACAUUCCUUUUGGAAAGUAUGCAUUGCGUGCGUAACCUUGAGCUUAAGUCGUAAAGAUAACUGGAAUGAUUUCAAAUCUAAAAUUACUCUGAUAAAUUUACAGAAAAUACAAUUGUAAGAACUGUUGGGCUUGAGUGCAUAGCCAAAAUUUGGACCAUUCUCACGAGUAGGCGGAGAUGAGAAGGUUAUCCUGCGUUAAACUACCUCGUUAGGUGGUUUAAAAAAACCUAACCUGGUUAAGAAAAUCUAUUGCUCUUGCUUGGUUUGCAUAACCCGGUUAGAACUCGGUUAAGACUGUAGAAAACCCGGCCGCACUCGCGGUUUUUUUUUAGGCAACGAGUUAACGUUGAUUGGUUGAUUGGAAAUAACUCGGUCAAGUCCCUAACACUGCCGUAAGUGCGGCUGCAGCCGUUGAGGGAGAUUGGCGAAUACUGAGAGGUGCUGAACGCCCAGUCACCAAAGGUCUUACGUUUUAGUCAGUGACACAGUCAGCAGUUCUUCGCCACUGGAAUUGCAGCAAUUAACGUAAGAGCUAUUAUUUUAUUAACAGAGCUGAAUAUCUUUUCUACAUUGCAUACCUUGGUAAUGUACAAUUUUAUUUUAGCUUCAGGUUCCAUAUUUGUGAGGGUCGUGCUGAAAGACACAGCAUACUAUCGUAUCAAGUCAGUAAGUUUUACUUUUAUCUUUCAGCGUAAAAAUUGAGGUAGUAAGGGAUUGGAUAUCUCCCUUGUUCCCUUAUCUCUGGUUCAUCCGUGCAAAAUGAAAUAGAAUUCGUCUACCACUACCAUUAUUAUAUUGUUUCGAAAACUAAUUCCUGAAUUUUGAGAGUAUCAAAAACAAAGUCGUUAUUAUAUGUGGAAUUUGUGUAAAGAAACUGAACUUUGAAGUGACCAAUAAUACCUCUUUGUGAUGACUGCAGGUAAAAGGUGUUCCUAAAGUUCUGUACUCAUUGAGAAUGCAUUGGGUGGGGUGCUUCUACUGGAACAAGCAGUACAAAGACUGGUUCAGUGACGGGUGUGAACUGACGGAUCAAAAAUCCGAUACGAUUGUCUCCUGCAGGUACACUCGUGUAGUUAUAACAUGAACUACAUGUGUAGUUAACACUUUCUAUCCAACCCUUUAUACUACGGUCACUAAGAGCUGGUUCCUACUACCCAUCAUUCAGCUACAACGGAGCUUUAGCAUCGACGACGGCAACGGCAGCGAAAACGUCGGUUUUAAAAUGAAUUCCCGUUUUUUCAAUCCAGGCGAAUUUCCCUGGAGUUGAUUUCUUGAGGAACUCACUCAAGUUUAGAGAGAGAAAACGAGAUUCGUCGUCGCUUGUUUACGUCCUCCAUAAAACUUGCAAUUAGGCAUUUUCACGUCGUAGCCGUGCAAGGAUGGUGAAGAAAUGUACAAAAAAGCAUGAUGCACGUGCAAAGUUGUUGUUUUGCCAAUCUAAACCUAUUGCUUUUUUGACGUCCUCGUUGCCGUCGCCGUCGUCGUUGCUAAAGCCUCCUACAAACACGGCGACGGCAACGUGAACUUGAAAAAAGCAGUAGGUUUAAUAGCAAAAUAACAAUAACGUUGCAACUAUAUCACACUUUUUGGUACAUUUCUUUGUCGGUCUUUGCACGACAAUAAAAUCACGUUUUAUAAAAUGCCUGAAUACAUGAUGACGAAUUGUUGUUUUCUAUUUAAACUUGAGUUACUGAUCCUUAAUUAUUUAACUCUAGGAAAAUUCAUCUACAUAUGACGUAUUGGAGGCGGAAUUGAAAAUAAUCGCCUGUCUUCGGAAAAGAUAGUAGAACAUUAUUUUCUUUGCUUUUUAAAGUAUCUUUGAAAAUAUUCUUUAUCGGCUAGUACAUGAAUAACGUCAUCAUCAUCAUCACCUUCAUCAUCACAAACGUUGUCAUUCUCAUCGCUGAGGUCAUCGUCAUCAACUUCGUUAUCAUCAUCGCUAUUCGUGUUUUUGUUGUUUUAGGUGUAAUCAUCUAACAGCUUUCAGCGGGGCAUUUUUGCGUCCACCCAAUUCACUUCGAGAAGAGCAUCUUGCAGAUAUUAGCAGGUAAGUUUCUUGCAAUGUGUUUCCAGGCAGUGCAUUCCACUGCCAAGCUGAAAAGUAAGAAAAGUGGGUGAAGACCAUAGAUAGUUGUUUAGGUUUACUAAGUCAGGGGCACCCAACGUCAAUUUUUGGAAAAUAACUGUUCGGAAGACGAUUUGAGAUCUAGAAUUUUCGAAACAUUUCUUGUAAAAUUUCUUGCUUGCCUGCCUCUUCUAGUAUUUUCGAACAUCUAAAAAAUGGUAUAAUUACCCAUUUUUAAAGGAUUUUUAUCCUCAAAAGUUCACCUAGAAUUUUCGGGAGCCUUUUUUCUGGCUGAAAUUUUCGAAAAGGUAAGUUUUGAUCCCUAUAAUUUUCGGAUCACUAGACUUUCAGCUAGGAAUCCGAACAGAUGAAAGAUUUCUAGGGGAUAAAAAUACACCUAUAUCUACCGUUUAAAUACUCAAAUACCUUCAACAAUGCUAUGUUUAAGUGGUUUUGCACUAUAUUCUCGUUGAGUGCCCCUGACUAAGUGAAAGAAUGUAGUUACUACGAAGAUCAUACGAGGACCGUAGUGAAAACAUAUUCUUCAUGUAAGCAGGAAAAUGAGUGAAAAACAAAUUCUUAUAUAACAACAUGAGGAAAUUCUGAACGCACUUGUUACACAACGAAGUAGAGUUGACUUUUGAAAGAAGAGUGGUGUAUAGAGGCGAGUAAUCUCCAAGUAUAUAUCUAAGGUUCGUGUGCUCCUUCACCUUUUUUUGUUGUUGUUGGUUUGCUUUGGUUGUGUUUACAUUUUGACCUCUUCUGGAGUGUGUCCUGGGAUUAAAAUGACACGGUGAAGUGGCCAAUACUCUUCUAUAAACAGUGACACGAAAAAAACGCACUUUAAAGCCUCACAUUAAUCGUCCGUAAUCAUGAGUGUUUGAGUACUUUUGAAAUCAUCAACCAGUCAACAGAGUAACUUUUUACAUGUACAUUAGUUGCUUCCUUCUCUUACUUGUCAACAACUUCUCCUUUUAUCGAGCCCUCUAAUUGCUAAAUCCGGAUAAGUAUGAUCCACAUUUUCAAAACUAGCCACCAUGUUGAAGGAAAAAACGGUAAACGCACACACGAGCCAAAGGCCCAAACGGCCGGAGCUUAUCCCGGUUUCCUUAGCAUGAAGUAUGUCUAGGAAUAUUGCAACUCCCCUCUGGACGGGAUGCUAGUCCAUCGCAGGGUUACCCCCCAGCAAUAUGUCGCCGCUACUAAUUUCUACACCUGGGUGAAGAGAGACAAAGUGGAGUAGUUCCUUGUCUAAGGAAACAACGCGACGGGCGAAGCUUGAAUCCCGGACCUCCAGAUCUAGAGUUCGAGGUGUUAACUUCUCAGUCAGUCACCCCUCCACAGGAAACAGAGAAAAAAAUUCUCCUUUAACCCAGCUGUGUGUCUGUACUCUUCUACAAUGUGGAUAAUCUUAAAUUCGUGUAACAUUAAGCGUGUGAAUUCUAUUGGAAAAAAUGUUUUCAUGUGUAGUAUGGUACGAAUGUUUCAGUUGUGUGGAAUACAUGAACGUCGUUGACCUCAGAGCCUUUUGUCUUUAUCUCAUGUGUUUCAUUCUUAUAAUCUUCUCUUUCGUGUAUUUUUAAUACAAUAGAAAUAAUAGACUAACCUAACCUUGACCGGUUUUAACCUGUUUGUCAUGUUCUAGUUUCGUUUAACCGGGUUGACAGAUUUUCUAGUGAUUUUUAAGCUACAAGCAAACGGACUCAACAAUCCCCUACAUUGUUGGCCAAAAAAUGUUUGGAGUU